AUGUCAUCCAACAUGACAGAUCCAAUGCAAUCAGAGAAAUGUCUUAAGCAUGGCCAUUUCAUGCACAACCUGAAUGCGAGCGCAGUAAAGAGUAUUUUCUGGGUUCUCUUCUUGAUUGUUCUCAUCAUGUUAACCAUUGCAACGAGUGCCUUUACUAAAAGUGCCCAUAUAGCCACACACAUCAAAAACGCAGAAUUGCACCCGACAAUUUCUAGAGAUCUCUGCCCAAGACUGCUCUCCAUCAGUAAAGAGAAACAUCGUCGCACACAAAUUCGAUGCAUCUAUGUCUCUUCCCUCUGUCUUGCUGUCGCAAUUACCUGCACAGUCUUCGAAGCCUUCGCCGCAUCCACUCUCAUUUUCUGUCAUCAAUUAGAUAUGGUCUUCCUAUAUUGGUCAUUCUGGACCUUGCUCCAAGUUGGCAGUACUAUUGCCAUUCUCGGUAUCGGAUUGGCUCAGCUGUGGUCGUAUUUGGGAAGGGAGUCGCUUCCGGUCAAUGUGGCAAUUGGAACACCGGUUUUAAUCAUAGCCUGGUUAGGUGUAGCACUUGAAUAUCUAUGUAAGGGAUGGUUGAGCGAGAAGGCUUUGAAGAGCUUUGAAACUUUUGUCGAUGGUUUAAUGGAUUCGCCUCGCCAAAGUGAACCCAACGCUGAAGCCGAGAACCAAGCCAGCACGUCCUCCGUCCCAGUUGCCGAACUCUUAGGGUUUACACUCGAUAGUCGUCCCAUCAUUGCAUUCAACAGAUCAUCCGGUACACCUCAUCCCAUGGCUCGUCAUUUAAGUACUACUGAUGACGGUCGUUCGAUAUACAUAUAUGGGGCCAUUCCGACUGACCCCAUUGAUGCCGAUGCCAUCAGUAACUCUGUGAACCCCAAUAUAUCUAUGGCUACUGGAAAGAUGGAACAACCAGGCAGAACAUCUCGUACCGUAACUUUUGACUGCGAACUUGAAGCUUCGUCUGCGCCUGUUUCAUCAACGACAUCUCGAGCAAGUUUACUUGAUUCGAUACGUGGUGAAAGGUCCACGUCGAGAAGCCCCACCAGCGUUGGUGGAAGUAGAUCGAGGUCCGACGAACGUGUUUAA